CCAAACUGGACAACCGGGCGGCCCGCGUGGGUCCUUUUAUGCGGGCGCGUUGGGUGGACUGGAGUGCAAGCCACAGCAACUCUAGCAUGCGUUUCCACUCCUCUUCACUCAUCUCGCUCCUGGUUCUGCUCCCGUCGGCCCUCUCGCAGUCGUGCACGCUCACGGCGCUUGGGGCUGGCAAAGACGAUUCGCCCCAGUUCCUCAGUGCGAUGCAGUCUUGCCCUCUCGUAACUGUCCCAAGCUCGACGACGCUCAAUAUCUCGUCGCCCUUGAACAUGACGGGCCUGUCCAAUAGGCAUCUUAACCUACAGGGGACUAUCAAAUUCAACCCGAAUGUCGCGUUCUGGACAGCGCAUGGGUUCCCGUUCACCUUCCAAACUCAAAUUACCUUCUGGAUCCUCGGCGGGACGAACAUCCAAAUUGAUGGCGGAGGUGUUAUCGAUGGGUCCGGCCAGGUCUGGUACGACGGAUUCGCCAAGUCCUCUUCGCUGGCGCGCCCGAUCAUCUUGACUCUUUUCCAAGCGACAAACGUCAUCAUCCAAAACGUCCGCAUGAUCAACAGCCCGGAAUGGUUCAACUUUGUCAACGAGGGAAAGAACGUGACCUUCAAUAACGUCAACCUCACCGCCGUAUCGACCUCGAAGAAUCCCGCGAAGAACACCGAUGGAUGGGAUAUCUACCGGAGUGACACCGUGACAAUCAAGAACUCGUUCAUCAACAACGGAGAUGACUGUGUUUCGUUCAAGCCCAAUGCGACAAACAUGAUCGUCUCCCAUCUCAACUGCAAUGGAUCUCACGGUAUCUCUGUCGGCUCCCUCGGACAAUUUGCUGGCAUGUUCGACAUCGUGGAGAAUGUCAUCGCCGAGUUCGUCUGUCCCGAUAUCCAAUGGCUGUAUAUACUCAAUCCAGCCUCCAGUUCCGUCACCAUGAGCAAUGCGCAAAAUGGAGCACGAAUCAAGGCAUGGGCUGGCGCAGGUGUCGGAAGCGGUAUCGUCAAGAACAUCACCUUCAGCAACUUCAUCGAGAGCAACGUCGAUCAUCCGAUCGUCAUCGACCAGUGCUACAUGACCAGCGCUUCUGACUGCACAAAGAACCCGUCGAACGUGUUCAUCCAGGACGUCUUCUUCAACUCAAUCAGCGGAACCGGCAGCUCCGCGACUGUAGCGACUCUCUCGUGCUCCCCCGGAGCCCGGUGCAGCGACGUCAACGUUAACAACAUCACCCUGACUGGGAAAAAGAAAACGCAGUACACGUGCCAGAACGUCCAGCUCGGCGGAAGCUCGGCCUCGUUGUUCGGAACUUGCACCUCGACUUGAGAAAGGUGGCUGCAUGUGCUCGCAUUCAUUAGGUUCCGUUUCUGUACAUCGUUCGUGGGUCCAAUCUAUCAUCUGUCUUGUCUCAGGCUGUGCUGGCUAUCAAUACACUAAGAUCAUGGCCUCUUACUUAUGUAUAGCAAAUUUGUGACGCGCUUCGAUCAUGACUAUUCUCAGAUGAAUGAAG